GACCGUCGAUUCUCAAUUAUUUCCCCUUUGCAUACGCUCCACGGCCUUUCGUUUAUUCAUCAUCCAAGUCCCAGUCGGUGGCUUCGAAGUCUCUGUGUGUUUAUCUGAAAGUUUCCACCUUUUCUGAAGCAUCGGAUCCAACUCCCCUCUGCGAGAAAAGGGUACAUUCCUUUCUUCUGAGUCUGUUCCCAGAAUCACAGAUGUCGUCCCCGCGCUCUCUUCCUACGAAGAGGAAUUUUUCAUGGACCCCGUGGUGGAAAUCCUGCAAUGGCGGACUGUGGUGACUUCGUACAGCAGCUUGGACCCGACAUGUCCGUAAAGAUCUUUAUGCACUUGGAUGAACCUUCUGAUCUUGCUCGUGUUUGUGCCGUGUCGCGUACUUGGCGCCAAUUCGUGAUUGCAAAUGACCUUUGCAAGAUGCUCUGCUUGAGGAUGUUCCCUGAAGUAUCGGGUGUUACUCACGUAGUCGAAGAGAACAACGUGAUCGAGCCUUUAAAAGUAAGAUCUUGCACUUCUUCCGAAUGGGAGCAACGUCAGAGGAAUCAUAAAGUUUAUGCCUUUCUGGCUCGAGGUCUCACAUCUACUGUCAGGAAGAAUUGUAUAGCAGAGGCCAUUAGUGCAACCAGCACUGACAACUACCCUGAGGAAAGCAUACGAAACACCUUGGAACCGAGGGAUAGAGUUCAACAUAGAGCAUCGUACUGGUCAAGUAAAGGUGAAAGUGACCCCAAAGUUUCAGAGUCUUUGGUGUACAAGUUGAAUGCUAAAUUAUGCAUUGUUACCGAGAUCCAUAUUCAACCAUUUCAAGAUGUUUUAAUGUCAGCAUAUUUUCAGUUUGGAUAUCCUACAUAUUCAGCUAAGGCUGUCAGAUUCAGAAUGGGUCAUCUAAAGACUCAGAAGAUGGAUGGUGAAACUGUUGAUGACUCUGGAAAUGGAAAUGGAGAUGAAGAUGAAUCGGUAGAGAACAAAUAUGUGUGGACGUAUACAUCACCAGAAUUUCAAAUGGCUCAGGAAAAUUGCUUGCAACAAUUUAAGCUGCCUCAACCUGUGCUUAGCAUUGGAGGAAUUUUGCAAGUUGAUUUGUUGGGGAGAGUCCAGAGACAAGAAAUGGAUGGACUAUACUACAUAUGUGUAGCGCAUGUUCAAGUUCAGGGGCGGCCGCUCUCCCCCGCAUUUGAUGUCGAUAUCGUUGACUCAUCGGGAAGAUGCACGCUAAAACACUACCCUGAACUGGAGAGUCAUGCAACUUCGGCAAGCUCCACAAACGAUGAAGACAGUGCAUCUUCUCGGCUCCGGAUCUUUACGGCAAUGUUGAUGGAAAGAGGUGCAAGGGGUUGGGAGCAAAUGAUUUUGAGCACAAUUCUGGGGACUGCUGUGGUCAUUGACUCCGACGAGUCAGACGAAGAGAUUCCUGAUUAAUCCUCAAAUUGGCAUGCAUUUUACAGUGUCCAGAUUUUGUUAUUUUGGUUUCUUUCUUCUCUAUAAAUCCAACUGAUGCUGUUGCUGCAGCAUUGUGGUAGUAACGAGACUAGUGGGUAGGACCCAUUUUAGACAGAUACUCAGAAACAUCUGGCGUUGCGGAAAUGAGGGAUUGGUGUGCUUUAUCA